ACAUGCAGCGGAACGUGGCCUACUUCGGAACGGUUCUGGCGGUGGCGUUGGCCUUCGGGGCCGUCGCGAUCGAAGCGGCGGAAGUAGCGCGCUACGAUAACUACCGGCUCUAUCUGGUGACACCCCAGAGCGAGGAACAGUUCGAAGCGAUCGCGUCCAUGGCUAGGGCGAGCGACAGUCUGAUAUUCCUCGAGACGGCGCGGAAGGUGGGCGACCGAUUCGACAUCAUUGUGGCACCGCACAAGCUGGCCGACUUCACCGAGGCACUCGAAGCCGACUACAUCCCGCACACGGUGCUCGAUGAGAACGUGCAGCGAUCGUUUGACGUCGAGCGGAGCCGGCUGAUGAACAAGCGCGCCAAGGGAGUGUUCGACUGGACGGACUACCACACGCUGGAGGAGAUUCAUGCCUGGCUGGACAAGCUGGCCAAGGAGCACCGGGAGGUGCAGCUGUUGGACGCGGGUCGCUCCCAUCAGAACCGCACGCUCAAGGGUGUAAAGGUGUCGUACGGCGAGGGACGGCCGGGAGUGUUCCUCGAGGGUGGAAUACACGCGCGGGAAUGGAUCUCGCCCGCCACGGUCACGUACAUCCUGAACGAGCUGCUCACCAGCCAGAACCCGCAGGUGCGCGCCGUGGCCGAAAAGUUCGACUGGUACGUGUUCCCGAACGUGAACCCCGACGGGUACGAGUACACGUUCAAGGUGAACCGACUGUGGCGCAAGACGCGCAAGCAGUACGGAGCGUUCUGCUUCGGUGCUGACCCCAACCGGAACUGGGACUUCCACUGGGCCGAGCAGGGCACCAGCAGCAAUGCCUGCGCGGAUACGUACGCUGGACCGAAGGCGUUCUCGGAGGUCGAGAUGAAGUCGCUGUCCUCGUUCGUCAACUCGCUCAAGGGCAAGCUUGGCGCGUACAUUGCGUUCCACUCGUACUCGCAGCUGCUUCUCUUCCCCUACGGUCACACCGGAGAACACUCGCCGAACCAUCAGGAUUUGAACGAGAUCGCUGAGGCGACGGUGAAGUCGCUGGCAAAACGGUACGGCACCGAGUACGAGUACGGCAAUGUCUACGACGCGAUCUAUCCGGCUAGCGGUUCCAGCGUGGACUGGAGCUACGGUGUACAGGAUGUGAAAAUCGCCUACACCUACGAGCUGCGACCGGACUCCGGUGCCUGGAACGGGUUCGUGCUGCCACCGGAUCAGAUUGUGCCGACGGGUGAGGAAACGCUCGACUCCCUCGUCACACUGCUGGAGGAAUCCUCGGCCAGGGGUUACUACAACCAGAAGGACUGAGCAUCCCACGGAUACUCCAGUAUCUUUACCGACCCCAAGGGAAGUAGUUUGUACGCGAAAAUCCAAUGUUCGAUUAAUAGAACCAGUGAUAAUAAACAGUAGAACAGUUUUUAUCUACGUGCAGUUGUUUUAUUCUUUCUAAAAAUGGUGCACAAAGUACGCAGAAAUGUCUCAUUUAAAAACGGUGCCGAUAUAAAAAACUGGUUCCAAGUGCUCACUACCGGUUAUUGUUCGUUUAGGAUGAAAUUUCCUUUUCCACCUUG